UGCAUUCGAGGUGCUGAGUAGCCGCAUAAGAACCUUCCAUCCCGCCUGGAUAUCGGACAAGUUCAAGGUGUUCGCCCAACACGAAAACGUGCCGAUGGUGACUGAGAACGAAGGUCUCCGUUCUUACGCGACCAUUCGGAAGACGCUCUUCGAGAACACGCUCAAAACGGAAGCAGCCCACAUCGAUGAAAGGUGGCUGGGUACCAUCCUCGAUCCGGAGUGUUCUGUCGACGCCCAAGGAACAAACAUCUAUGCUCCGGUGUCCUUCUGGAACGUCUCUCAUCCCUCCCACGACAACUUCCUCAUGAUGCACAUGCCGGACACUCUGCCCAAGAUCUCUCGUUGCCUGGUGUCUCAGGUUCUGCGAGAAGGAGCCGGCGACCUCGCGAGCCCUUACUCGCAGCCCACCUGGUCUGACGUCACCAAGAAGCACUUCAAGAACACGCGCCAGUGCUUCGCCAAGCAGCUCUCCGAGACCGCUAGCCAGAACGCUUCAAAGACGGAAAUACUCUCAGUGGUCGCAGAAUCUGCUGCAAUCAGCCCGAGUUUCAAGAUCUACAAGCAGUUUGUGAGCCAGAAGAACAUUGACGGCAAGAGCUUCGUGAAGGUUUUCAACAUGAACGUGGACCAGUUUUUCUUCGUUUCCUACGCAUCGAGCUACUGCGGGAGCUCUCCGGCCGUGAAGCCUUCCCAGCACAGCGAGCUGACCACCCGGGACAGUAUACGUAUCCACGGUAGCCCACAGGGCUUGCAUAUUAUCACGACGCAGCAGUGGAGGGCCACACUGCUCAGCUCCGACCCUGUCGAGCAGAUCUGGAUCACGAGGCGGCCAGAGGCAGCCGCUAAAGAGCAGGAGCUCCUGGCCGACUAA